GCGUGCGACGCAGCAGCGACGACGCAGGCGGCGGCCCGGGCGACUCUCAGCUGCCUCCCUGACCGCCGCGACCACCGGCAACACACCCCCCGGCCCCGGAGAAGCCGAUCGCCAGCGCGGCCGGACGACUCCGGCACCGCAAAAGCCUUCCUCACUAGCGACUCAAGCUACGUCAACAACCAUGGCGGGCGAGGGGCGGCGGGCGGAGCCGCUGCGGGAGGAGGGGUGGCGGCUGCACGUCACUCCCCGGGCCCCUAUUCGGGAGGGCCGGCGUCGGCUCGCCCCGCAAAAUGGCGGCCCCGGCGACGGGGACGCGCCUGCCUACGCCACUCCGUCGCGCCAGGGCCGCCGGGAAGUGAGGUUUUCGGAAGAGCCUCCAGAAGUGUACGGCGGUGAUGACGAAAAACCCCGGGUGAGCCAAGAAAAGUCCCCGGCGGGGAAGCGAGUCCCGGCCGAAGAUUCGUUCCGGCCCGAAUCUGAGAAAGGGGAAUUGAGAGAAAGCGCUUAUUACCUCCGGUCCGGGACGCGGAGGCAGCUGCCAGCCCAGGGCGCCAGGGAGAUGCAGACGCGGAGGGCUUCCCGCCGGCUCCAGCAGCUCUCACCGCAGCCCCCUCCAGAGCCGUCUCCCGUGACGACCCGGAGGUGGUUAGGGGACCCCGAGCCCUCGGCAGUGCUGAGUGAAGAUCCUCUUGCCCACCUUCGCAGACCCGCGCUCAGAAGCCUGCGCUCUGAUUCAGCAUACAAAACAAAAGGCAACACUAAAAUGAGUGAUUUAGAAGCCAGUGUAUUCCAACCAGAGCCCGGUUUCUCUGAAGAAGGAGAAUCUGAAGAUAAUGAUCAGGACAGCUGCUUCGGGAGCGAUGCCACGACAGAAUCCAGGGAAUCUGUGCAACCGGAAGAUCACACCACCACAUCACGUGGUCAGUCUGCAGAGUCCUCUUGGCAGUCAUCACAGAGUGCAGAGUUGAGGGCUCAGGACGGGCAGCCUGUGCGGCUCAGAAACCAAAAGAUACCCCAGGAAUGGGAUGAGCAGACGCUGACCAUGAGGGCUGGGAUGCAAAAUGACAGAAAUCAGAAAGCCGAGCCAAGAAACCACUCUCCGCUGAUCAGCCGCCACCAAGCAACUGAACAAGCCCCCAGUGAGCCUAGUGUCAAGGUGCAGUGGUGGUGGUGUCUGCUUGUUCUCAUACCUGCUCUGGCCUACUGGCUGUCUUGGUUGUAUUACACCCCUGAGGCGGACACCUCCGCCGUCCGGCAGUUCCAGGACCAGAUGAAGCAACUGAAGAAUAAGUACCAAGCUCAAGACGAGAAGCUCUGGAGGAGGAGCCAGAUGUUCCUGGAAAAGCACCUGAACAGCUCGCAGCCGCGGCCGCAGCCUGCCAUCUUACUGCUCACGGCGGCCCGAGAUGCCGAGGCCGCGCUCAGGUGCCUGGGGGAGCAGAUCGCCGACGCCUACUCUGCCUUCCGCAGUGUCCGCGCCAUCCGCAUCGACGGGGCGGGCAAAGCUGCCCAGGACAGCGACACCGUCAAGCUGGCCGUGGACGCGGAACUGAGCGACGGCUUCGAAAACGGCCAGAACGCCGCCGUGGUCCACCGCUUCGAGUCUCUGCCGGCCGGCUCUACUUUGAUCUUCUACAAGUAUUGUGACCAUGAAAAUGCAGCCUUCAAAGAUGUCGCCCUGGUCCUGACCGUCUUGUUGGAGGAGGAGACGCUUGACACCAGUCUAGGCCUAAAGGAAAUCGAGGAAAAAGUGAGAGAUUUCCUCAAAGUCAAGUUCACCAGUUCGAACACCUCCAGCUCCUACAGUCGAAUGGACCCGGACAAGUUGAACGGCCUGUGGAGCCGCAUUUCCCACCUAGUCCUGCCCGUGCAGCCCGAAACUGCCCUGCAGGGGGGCAACUGCUUGUGAGAGGUGGAGGAGGAGAGAAUCAUGUCUCCCAAGUUCUGAGAAUGUUCCAGACUUUCUAACCAGACACAGAAUUUAAAGCACUUUUGAAAAGAACUGGUUUCUUCUGAAAGGAAGUUAAGUUCUUGUGUAAACAUGAAACAUCUAAGUGAUUGAUCUGCCCUGAGUAUCAGUUGCUCGGGAGAAUCCUCGCCCUCCUGACGCUGAGGGCCGGGUUGCAGGUGGUGCUGCUGCGGGAAAGCCAUCUGGCCCCCGGAGGGCUCAGGCCGAGCCAGGUGGGGCACAGCCCGUGCCUGGGUGGGUGGGUGGCGAGGCUUCUUCCUCAGGAAUCGGCCAGUGUUUCUGAUUUUGAUUUUCCACAAGGUUUGCUGCCUGAUUAGUGAGGCAGCUCCCCGAGAGGAGCCUGGGUCCUCCCGUUGUGUUUCCCUAGUGAUCAUUUCCUCAGUCCCGAGUUCCUUGGCUUCUGCUUGUAGACCCAAGUGUGACGGAAGGUCAUCUGGGAGCGUGCGCCUUUUGUUCCCUCCUGCUGUUGAAGGGCAGAGGAGGCGGCCCAGCAAGAGGGAAGCUGGGCAAGGGGACCCGGGGAGGAUGCAGAAGAUGAAGUGUGACGGUGAGUAGGAUAGUCAGACGUGGGUAUCUGAACUCUGACCUCAGCGGGAUCUUUUGGGAUUUGUUUGAAUCAUUUCCUUUUUGUUUUAAAACAUGUCCCAGUCCUUCGCAGGUGUUUCUUGGAGCCUGUGUAUCACAGGCCUCAUCUGUUUGCGUGUUUUCUCAGAAGGGUGGGGACAUGCAUGCAGAGCAGUUUGCUUUGCACUUGCCCGAAAGCUUUUUGCUUUGAGUGAACAAGCAGACUCGGUAACCCUUCCCAACCAGCUGUCCGGGACAGUUGAAGACAACUGUUAAUUUGCUGUGUGUCCAUUGCUGCAGUCGGAAGCUUUUCGUGACGCCGUCUAGCAAGUGUAAACAUAUGCUAUGCACGUGAUAAAUUUUAUUGAGUGCCUCAAGCAACACACAUAGUGAACUUACCACAUCAAAAGAAUAUUAAAUGUAUUUCUGUGGUAUUACGGAUUGUAGUUGUGCCGUGGCUUCCGUGAGUGAGCUUUCUCCUCUGCUAACUGCAUUCUACUGCAUUCUUUUUUAUUUUCUCAAAUAUUUUGAUUCUAAAUAAUUGGCCCUUUUGCUUUCUUUUUUUUGCUAUCCGUAGAGCCUUAAAAUGCUGAUUUUAAAGUUUUCUAGCCAGUCAUUGGCGUCAUCAUUUAAUCUUUGAGCGUCUCACAACUGGCGAUAGAUAGUGAGCUAAAUUUUUCUACUAGGACUGCCAGGGCUCAAACGCAUAUCCCUGAUUGUAAUAUGCUGUUACAGAGAAUUGUAAGACAAGAAUUUUCCAAAGGUUAUUUUAUAUAUACGUACUAUAUAGAGAAACAUAUGUUUUUAUUAAAUGUUUUCACUGACCCAAAUAAUUUUAAAAUGUUACUUCUGUCUUUCAGGAAAAAUAAUUGUAAUAGCUCAUCAGUAAAUGACUUGGAAAGCUAUUUUAGUAAUUUAAAUAAAUUUGCUCUCUUGGUUUGUAUUUUCUCUGUAUUAUAAAACUUAAUGUUGAAACUUC